AUGUUCCCUCUCGCCCUUUUGAUGUGGAUGUGGCUCGCUUUUGCGUGCUGCUGGAUCGAGGCGAACGAAGAACCGGAGAUCCGAAGAACCGGAGAUCGUGACGAUGAGAAAGAGGACGAGAAAGAGGACGAGAAAGAGGACGAGAAAGAGGACGAGAAAGAGGACGAGAAAGAGGACGAGAAAGAGGACGAGAAAGAGGACGAGAAAGAGGACGAGAAAGAGGACGAGAAAGAGGACGAGGUGACCCCCGUGGAAAAACGCAGCAACUGCUUCCAAGUUCCCGAUGACGACGACAGCGAAGACGACGACAGCGAAGACGAUGACGACAGCGAAGACGACGAUGAGAAAGAGGACGAGGUGGCCCCCGUGGAAAAACGUAGGAACUGCUUCCAAGUUCCGGAUGAUGAUGACGAAGAUGAGCAAGUUGUUACCUGGAUCGAGAAGAACUGCUUCCAAGUCCCUAGCGACGAAACCGAUGAUGACGAUGAUGAUUUUGAUUCUGAGAAUGAUGAUGACGAUGAUGAGGAGGAGAAGGAGGCGGAGGAGGACGAGGGCGUCGCGCAGUUGGAGGACAACGACGACGAGGGCAUUGCGGUUGAGAGGAACUGCCCGAACGACAAUACCGAAGAGGAAGAGCAGGAGGAGAACGAGAAGAACGAGGAGAACGAGGACGAGGGCGUCGUGAACGAGAAGAAUUGCCCGAAUGACAAUACCGAAGAGGAAGAGCAGGAGGAGAACGAGGAGAGCGAGGACGAGGGCGUCGUGAAUGAGAAGAACUGCGUGCCGGUUCCGAAGGACAAUACCGAAGAGCAGGAGAAGAACGAUGGCGAGGGCAUCGCGGUUGAGAAAUGUACCGACCGCUUGCAGGAUUCGGAAGCGGGCAAGGAGAAAGUCAAGGAAAAAGGGAAAGGUCGGGAAACCAUGACGACCUCCCCUGCAAUGGUCGCCCCGCCUACGAUCUCUCCGCCUACGGUCGCGCCUGCGAUCACACCUACGAUCGCUCCGCCUACGGUUGCGCCUACGAUCGCUCCGCCUAUGGUCGCUCCGCCCAUGCUUAUCGAUCGGAAUCCAGCACCUUCCACCAUCGACGUCGCUAUGGACAUCGAUCGGAAGGCGGUUGCACUCCCCACCACGACACUGCUCGGUCCCCAAUCGUCGACGGCUGCAGCGCUCGUUUCCCCGUCGGCCGCAGUCGCUAUGGACAUCGAUCGGAAAGCGGCUCAGCCUCCCACCAUCGACGUCGCUAUGGGUCGUCCUCCCGCCAUCGACAUCGCUAGGGAGAUCGGUCGAAUUCCAAGGCAGUUCAAGAGGAAGCGCGAGGAUCAAAUCGAAGGUCGUUCCCGAAAGCGGCAGAGACAAGGUGGUGUCCUGGUGGACCAAGCUCCGCCUAUGGAUAUCGACCGCGCUUCGGUGAACCUAAAGAGGAAGCACGGCGGCGACGAGGGAGGUCGAAUCGACGACGGAGGUCGAUCCCGAAAGCGCCUUCGAAACGCCAAUCCCAGUCCUCCCCCCACGAACGCACUUCGAAACGUCGAGCCCGUCCCUGUUCCUGUCCCCCCCGCGCCUAUUCCCCCCAUCAACAUUAUUCCACCCCUCGACACCUUGCGGAACGUCGAACCGGCUCCUGCUCCCGUCGUAGACGACAACAACAAGGCCCGCCUGAAAGCUGCUGAACGGAUGGCUCGAAUGGCUCGAAUCGCAAAACGAGCCGAGCAAGCGCGUCUGCUGGCCAUCAAAGAGGCAGCUGAGGAGACCCGAGCAAGGGCGGAUUGGGAAAGGAGAGGGAAGGCUCGAGCGGAACAGGCUCGAGCGGAGGAACAGGCUCGAGCGGAGGAACAGGCUCGAGCGGAACAGGCUCGAGAUGAACAACAGGCUCGAGAUGAACAACAGGCUCGAGAUGAAGGGCGUCAAGAGCAAGAAGAAGAGAUCCCGGCUGUGGCGACUCGAAAGAAACCGGCGCCAUGGAUACUUGCCCGAAAGUAG